AGUCGGCUUCCUGCCCCCCCGCCCGGAGCCGCCCUCUGCCUGCAACAGGAAACCCCCGCCAGCGGCGUCCCGGGGCCCUGCGUCGGAGGUGGGAGCCCAGCGCAAGGUCGAUCCAGGCUGGAAGUAAACAGGGAAAGCAGGAGUGUUGGUUGAGCAGCAUUCUAGGAGUCUCUGCUUCCCAUGACCCGAAACUAGGAACGGGAAAAAUCAAGAAGCCGUUUGAAGUGACAGAGCCUGAAAUAUGGUACCUCUGAACUCCUGUGAGGUUGUCCUGUGCCAGGGCAGAAAAGCGACUGCCUACCUUACCUGAGUCUGAUGUGGAAACUGCUGCCCUUCGCAAGGCCCGUCUUUCUCUCCAGCUGCAGCCGUCCCCACCUCUCCCUGCCCGCCAGCCCUCGGCCAGCUUUUGCAUGCCAGACAUUUUUCCUGCCCAGGGAGCCGAGGGAGCAUCUUGAGCCUGUGAGAUCUAUGCAGAUCCUGAGCGGUGGGGCCGCUUGACUUGGUGGCUGCGGUUGCCCCCACGGGGGCAGAAUGGAGCUGGAAGAGGCGUACAAUGGAAGCCCAGCACCCAGUGCCCGAGGUGGGUCAGCCAUGGCAAUCAUCGGAGCAGAAGAUGAAGACUUUGAGAAUGAUAUUGAGCCUAACCCAGAUGCUCAAAGCUGCUUGUUCCAGAACCUGAAGCUCCUGACCACCCAUCCUGCCUACCUGAUGGUGUUCGUCCAGCAUGUGGUGCUGCAAUUUGACUCCAGCCCCUUGCUCUGUUACCUACACGUGGACCUCAUUCUGUCUCACCUUGGACCCAAGGAGGCGAAGAAGCAGUUUGUGGAGUUCUGCCACACGUUUCUGGACAAAGCUGGACACCUGAGGGUCCCUGUUCCAUCACAUGUACAAUUCGAACUGGACCGAACUCGACCUGAACUGCUUUCUGACGACCUGCAGCGGAAGUACUUGCAAGAAAUCCAAGCUUUUCAGGAAACAGAGAUUGCUCGCCAGCUCGAGGACUUCAGGGAGAAAAGAAAGAUGGGGAUGACACUCGGGGAGACAGAGCUUUUGGAGCUGGAAGGCUAUCGGACCAAAGAUGGAAGCAUCCGUGAUUCCAAGGAGAAGCAGUUGGCAGAGCUCCUGCUGGGCAAGCUGGAGGAGAUGCACCCCACAAUUUCUGUCGACGAGGAGAAAAGCUCUGCCAUUUUCACUGCCAUUGCGACAUAUAUGAAGCACCUGGGGGUUAAGACCAAAUCGACAGAUAACAAAAAGUCCAAAGCCAUCUUCUUCCGCAAGAAGAUUCCAGGAACCAAGAAGCCCGAGGAAGCUCCCAAGCCAAGAAAGAGCUUCAAUAUUUUGGACCCAGCGCGCUGGAACCGUGGAGAAUCCAACUAUUCUGAUUACAGACAGUCCAAACCCGAGGGUGAAGCAAGUGAGAAGACGCCCUUCUCAGACAGGAAAGGAGCCAAAACAACGGAGGGCAGCUCGGGACGGGGCAAGCCCCCUCCUCAAGCAUCUGAUGCCCCUGGAGUGGCUGUUAAUAUCCACCCUCCGCCCGGGGAGGGCAAUGAUGGAGAGCAGGGUGGAGACAGCCAUCCCCCUGCAGAUUCAGGGGACUUCGCCGUCACUGAGCAGCCGCAGGCAGGGGAGCAGGUCCCAGUAGAUGAAGGGGCAGAAAAUGAAAGAAGGCGAAAAAGGCUGACAGGGAAGCUGGGCCGCUCGGAGAGCCUGCGGGUUUACGAGCGGAAGCGGUCUCAGCGUGGCUCAGCCAAGGGCAAGCAGCUACGCUCCCGCAGCGAUGUGGACAUCGAGGCUGCUGCCCGUGCCGGUGAGCUGGAGGAGACGCCGUCCUUAGCGCAGGCUCGGCAGAAGCAGGGGAGCCGCAAUUUGGAACCAGGAGGGGCAGGGGGAGGGGAGCCCCCGCCGUCCUUUCUGCUUCCCCAGUCUGAGGAGACUGAGCCGCGCAUUCCGGAACUGGAGCUCGAACCGCCAAACUGGCGAGAGCUCGUCCCCCCCGACACCCUCCUCAGGCUGAAGAAAAGUGAAGUGAAGCGGCAAGAAGUCAUCAACGAGCUGUUCAUCACGGAACAUGCCCAUCUGCGAAUGCUCCGCGUGCUGCAGGAGGUUUUCUACGAACCGUUGCAGACCGAGGGGUUCCUUUCAGAAAGGGACGUGGCAAACAUCUUCCCCAGCUUGGAGGACUUGAUCGACGAACACAAAGCGUUUCUGGAGAACUUGAAGAAGCUCCGAGAGGAAAGCAAUUCUGUCGUUUCUGAAAUUGGAAGCACUUUGUUGGCGAGGUUUGCUGGCAGCGAAGGGGCCUGGUUCCAGAAGAUCUCAGCCCGUUUCUGCAGCCGCCAGUCGUUCGCCUUGGAACAGCUGAAAGCCAAGCAGAAGAAAGAACCCCGUUUUAACCAGUUCAUCCAGGAGGCGGAAAGCCAGCCCCGGUGCCGGCGGCUGCAGCUGAAGGACAUCAUCCCCAUCGAGAUGCAGCGGCUCACCAAAUACCCGCUGCUUCUUCACAACAUCGCCAAAUGCACUGAGGAGGCCGAGGAGCGGCAGAAGGUGGAGCAGGCCGCCGAAUGUUGCCGGCAGAUCCUCAACCACGUGAACCAGGAGGUGCGGAACAUGGAGAACUUGCUGAGACUCAAAGAUUACCAGCGUCGCUUGGACCUCUCCAACUUGAAACAAAGUACAGACCCCCUGCUGAGUGAUUUCAAGAACACUGAUAUUACCAAGAAAAAUCUCGUGCACGAGGGACCCCUGACGUGGCGUGUUACGAAGGACAAAUCAGUAGAUGUUCAUGUCCUCUUGCUGGAUGACAUCCUGGUCCUUCUGCAGAAGCAAGAGGAACGCCUGGUCCUCAAAUGUCACAGCCGCACCAUCACCCCCACCCCUGAUGGGAAGCAGAUGCUCAGCCCCAUCAUCAGACUCAACUCAGCCAUGACCCGCGAAGUGGCCACAGAUACCAAGGCCUUCUACGUGAUCUUCAGCUGGGAGAGCGGAGCGCAGAUCUACGAAUUGGUGGCGCAGACGGUCCUGGAGAGGAAGAACUGGUGCAGCAUGAUCAGUGAAACGGCUGGCUCCCUGAAGGUGCCUGGCUCGACCAUCCUGAAACCGCGGCUCUCGGUGCCAAACCGAACCUCACCGCCUAGCCCCAGCUAUUACUCAGAGGGGCUGCCAGGUGGGACAGAAAAUGGCAGUUCCCUCAAGGAGACACUGCAUUCCGAGGAACGAGAGAAGGACGGGGUGCUGGAAGGGACAGAAUUCGAGGAACGGAGCCCCGUGGGCGAGCCGAAGCGGGGCAAGGUGACGGAGGAGUUACUGGAUGACAUACUGACCCUCUGUAAGCCGCGUCCCACUGGGCACGGAAGCCUGGCGUCGGCCGCCCAGGAAAGCAUCACAGCGCUGAAAAGGCUGCUUCAGGGAUCGGAGGAAGGGGACGUCGUCUUCUCGGCAGAGCCUGCAGGCCGUCCGCCAGAGAACGGGAGCCCCCGAGAAGGGGAGGAGGAAGAGGAGUGGGCCGUGGGGCGUGGGGCUCCGGCAGGCAGCAGGCGGCAUCAUGCAGGAAGUACUCCCAAUGGUCCCCAAGAAUCAGAGUGGCCCUCGGAGCACGUGGCUAAGGCAGGGCCCCGAUCCGCCAUGGCUCUGUCCCACCAGCAAUCUGAUGGGGUGAAACAUCACUUGCAGUUUCUAGAAGAGACAGUUCAGAGUCUAAAGGAUAUCGAAACGGAUUACUGGCGCCUGCAGCGGCUGAUAGGAAAACUCACAGCAUCUCAGCAGCCCAGUUUCACAUGAAGCUCGGCCAAGCGGGAAGGCCUGUCGUCAGCAAGGAUGGAAGAUCUCUUGUGCCAGCCACGCUCUCCUGCCUGAGGGUUCUUUCCCAACGUUCGCCACCAAGUGGGACCUACGCUGCUUCUUGUAUAGACGAUUUGUAGUGUGGAGAGAGAUUCUGGGGUUUAUAUACAUUCUGCAUAGACCGUGUUAUAGGGAGACAUAUUUAGAAGCCGAAGAGUUGCAUUUAGGUGGGGCAGCCUUCGCGAGGGGCGAGGGAAAGGCUGCUCCAUCCGUUUUAAGAGGUGCUCUGGGGUGUCUGAGCUUUUUCCUUUAGCAAUGCAAGUAGUUUGUACUGUUGGUCCCAAGGAGAGACAAGCUUUUAAAACUAGGCUCUGCCCAUCGCUUCAUGAUGGACAGACUGGGGGACCUGUGAGUGAACUUUUGAGCUUCGCAGAGCUGUAAGGCGUACAAACGACCCGGCUGAUGUCUGAGCAAUUUUUGUGUCGCUUGGUGGUCCCUUCUGCCAAAAGUGGCCGGCCCGGUUCCUCAGGGAAAGUUUGCAAGAGGGCUUGAUAGCAAUAUCUGUUUCCUCCCCCAAUUUGUUAACCUUUAGCUCCCCGUGGUAAAACGUGUCAGCGGGUGUUCCCCAUUGCAGUAGAUUUAUUCUCCCCAUAUGCAUUUGGUGCUUCCAAAAAACAAAGGAGAAGAGCCAUUGGAUGGAGCUGCUGUUGAAGCCACACCUUCCAUGGGGAAAAGCUCUUGUCCGCUCUAAAUUUCUGUCUUCCUGGCCCUGCUUUAGCCCCCUCCUCCACUUUUCCUCCUGGUGAUAUCCCACAUGGUUUCCCCCUUGAUGCCUCACGUAAUGAUGCCAAAGGGUCUCCCCAGCCAGACUCACUUCUCUGUGUUGGAGCCUUGUCCUAAACCUGUUCUGGCAUCCCCCCCGCCCACCCCCCCAGUGAUGAUCUGCCUAUGCCAGCUAAAUCAGCUGACCGGAACUUGAGAUGGCCCCCCUCCCCUGGUGCAACACACACACUUCCCGGAGCGCAGUGCUCUCCUCCCACAGCAGAGCGAGGCCUUGCAACUUUUCCUAACGUGGGUGGCCCCAGCCGUGCAGAGUGCCUUCUGCAGAAGAGAGAAAAGCCGCGUGUUUCAGGGCGGAGGAAAGGUGGCUGUCGGUCUGGAAAGACUGAUGUGGCUUUGCUUUCAGACUGCUCAGGGCAACCCUGGGGUUUUUUGGGUUCCUCAGUGAGAAAAAUCUGCAGAGGUGGACAGAUUGUCAUUUGGAAAGGUCCAUCGGCCCCUGCUGCUGAUGGAGCCACUGCUGCGUAUUGAGGGGGGAGGAUUUCCAGGUGAGGCCUAGCAGGCAUUGCCGGGACCCUUGCCAAUGCGCAGAGAUGCUCAUUAAGGCCCCCUUGGUCUUCGUGCGACUUUUCGCAGCUCUUCUGCUUGACAGAAGAUCCCAGCCCCCGUCCUCCCCCUAUUCCCUUAUCUCUGCAACAUCCGUUUGCUUAGUGAGUCCUGAAUAAUCCUGCCUGUCUUGGAGUCGGGCAUCUUGAUUCGUCCAAGACUUGCCAGCCCCCGGAACUGCCUUCCGCUCAGUUCCGGCCAGGAUCCCUUUCCCCUUCCCUUCGUGCUAGAAGCGUUCUUGGCAACUGAGUGCCACUCAUGCAGCAUAAAGGGGGACCAUCGGGCUCUGGGGCAGAAUGAUGGAAUAACUCAGCUCAGUGUAGUGCAUGAUUAUCUCGCUGCCGGUUUUGUGACACACCGUUCCACAAAAUGGACAGCAGGGGGCGCUCCGGCAGUGAGUAACCCAGCACCUUCAAGGUGCUGGGGGGAAUCCCUGCUGCGGUAUUUUGCGGGAAGGGCUUGGGGGAGUGCCUGCUCCCCUCCCCCCGACACACACACACCUCUUUGCUUGGACCUCCUCUGGAAUUGCGUUUGGCCCCUGUGGCCACCUGCUGCUGCCUUCUAUCUGUUGGCCAUUUUGCCCACUGCGGAGAAUGUUCCCCUGUAGAAUUCCAGCUUUGAAGGGAAGGGGCUGAACUUAGGAGUGGGGGGGGGGGUUGC